AUGGAAAAUAAAGAGAAACAAGUAGGCUUGAUCCCUCUAAUGAGCCCUUAUAAAAUGGGAAAGUUUGAGUUAUGUCAUAGAGUUGUAUUGGCACCAUUAACAAGGCAAAGAUCUUAUGGUAAUAUUCCUCAACCACAUGCUAUACUUUAUUACUCACAAAGAAGUACUAAAGGUGGGCUUCUAAUAGGAGAGGCCACAGUAAUAUCUGAGACUGGUAAAGGCUGUAAUGAUACACCUGGUAUAUGGACAAAGGACCAAGUAGAAGCUUGGAAACCAAUUGUUAAUGCAGUUCAUGACAAAGGAGGAAUCUUUUUUGCCCAAAUUUGGCAUGUUGGUAGAGUUUCCAGCAAAGAUUUUCAGCCCAAUGGAGAGGAUCCUAUCUCCUGCACAGACAGAGUAUUAACACCUCAAACUCGUUCCAAUGGCAUAGAUAUUGCAUACUUUACACAACCUAGACGGUUGACAACAGAUGAAAUUCCUCAAAUUGUUAACGAAUUUCGAGUUGCUGCUAGAAAUGCAAUUGAAGCUGGAUUUGAUGGGGUUGAGAUCCACGGAGCUCAUGGCUAUCUAAUCGAUCAAUUUAUGAAAGAUCAAGUUAACGAUCGAAGUGAUAAAUAUGGAGGGUCUUUAGAGAAUCGUUGUAGAUUUGCACUUGAAAUAGUCGAAGCAGUUGUAAAUGAGAUUGGAUCUGACCGAGUUGGUAUAAGGAUAUCCCCAUUUGCGCAUUAUAAUGAAGCAGGGGACACGAACCCGACUGCUUUGGGGCUUUACAUGGUGGAAUCGUUGAACAAGUAUGACCUCGCGUAUUGCCACGUAGUUGAGCCUAGGAUGAAAACAGCUAGCGAAAUAAUUGAAUGUACUGAAAGCCUUGUACCCAUGAGGAAGGCAUAUAAAGGUACUUUUAUAGUAGCUGGUGGUUACGAUAGAGAAGAUGGAAACAGAGCUGUGAUUGAAGAUCGAGCUGAUCUUGUCGCGUAUGGACGUUUAUUCAUAUCUAAUCCAGAUUUACCAAAGCGAUUUGAGCUAAAUGCUCCUCUUAAUAAGUAUAAUAGAGAGACAUUUUAUACAUCAGAUCCCGUUGUUGGCUAUACUGAUUAUCCAAUUCUAGAAACCACGACAUGAUAAAAAAAAAGAUCUAUUAAUAAGAUUUUCUGCAGUUAAAUUCUGUUUGUAAGUUUUCAUCUUAUUUAAUACCCCCUGUCCUUCAUUUUGGUUUCUAUGGUAGUUGGAAAAUUCGCUCUUG